AUGGUAGAUUUUGAGCAAGAUAACGAGGGCCAGGGCAGACUAGCUGUGUUUGAACAUGUCACAAAGAACAAGAGACCAGUUAAACGGAAAGUACCGAGCAGAUAUUCCGAUGACUCUUCCCAGUCAGAGUCCGAGCUUGUCAUUGACGAUGAUGCCAUCAUUGUUCCCAAAAAGAAAAAAAUGUCAAUAAAUUUCAGUAAAGAAGUCUUAAACCUCCAUUGUGGAUGGAGUUCUUGUGAGAAAAUUUUUAAUAACAUGAAAUACUUUAAUGAUCAUGUGAUAAAACAUAUUGCAAAUAAAAAUUACGACUGUGAGUGGGCUGAUUGUCCCAAUCCUACAAAUUUAGGAUCUAAAGCGUUAUUGAAUAAGCACCUGUCCUAUCAUUGCUACCUAACAAAACUAAUAAAUAUUGGGGAAAAUGUCCUUAAAUGCACCAAGCUACCUGAGUGUCAUCUAGAGAAAUCCUAUUCAAUUUUAAUUAAUUUGAAUGGGUAUAAAUGUGAAUGGGAUUCUUGUCUAGUAACAUUGAAAACAAUUAAUGACUUCUUGACUCAUGUCAGCUGUCAUGUUCAGGGAAUGCCUUCUGGGAAAGAAUCCAACAACCCUAUUACUAUACCUUGCGAGUGGAGUGGUUGUAGUGGGAAAUUUUCCACUCGCUACAAACUGGCAGAACAUGUCCGAGUUCAUACCAAGGAACGAAUGCUGGCAUGCCCUAAGUGUUUAGCUUUGUUUUCAACAAAGGUUACAUUUCAAGAUCAUAGGAGGAGACAGCUGAUAUCUAACUUGAGGCGUUUUCAAUGUUCGCAAUGUUUAAAAUUAUUUCCAAGUGAACGCAUCUUGAGUGAUCAUUGGAGGUCCCACAUUAAUCACUACAAAUGUAGAUUGUGCGAUAUGACAAGCUCGAAACCGUCGAUUUUAGCCAAACACUACCGGUACAAACACAUUAAGCAACGCUUCUUCAAAUGUCAAGAAUGCGGCAAACGUUUUGUGGCAAAAUGUAACUUAGACACUCACCUUUUAUCUCACAAGGAGAAGCCCAUGAAGUGUGAUUUAUGCAAUUUUGGAUGUAAGAGCAAGCAGGGUCUUGAUAAUCAUUACGUAAAAGUUCACAACAAGCCGAGAACCAAAUACCAAUGUCAUGUCUGUCAAAAAAUUUUCCAAAGAGGCGGUUAUCUAACUUCCCACUUGAUGAAGAUGCAUGAGUUUCAUUGGCCUUCAGGACAUUCUAGGUUCAGGUACCUGAAGGGCCCUGAUGGUAUUUGCCGAUUACAAACUGUUAGAUAUGAGAGCCUGGAAGUUACUGAAGAAAUGAUAAAAAGUGAGAAACAGAAAGUUGGGACUCCAGAAGUGGCUCCUGAUGACACUGAGAAUGACACAGAAGGCCAAAACUUGAGAGUAUCUGAAACGCAAAGUAAUAACAUGGAAAACAAUGGCAAAGUAAUGAAGCAUGAAAUUUUGAUGACCGUCGAGGAUUUAGAUGAACAAGAUUCGUUGUUGAUAUUCGAGUUAUUUUGUAAUUUUACGAAAAGUGGCACCGAAAAAAGGAUGCUCUCGUUAAAGGAAAAGAUGGAAGUUGUUAAAGUUUUAGACAAAGAAAGUGUUUCAGUUCGUCAUUUGGUAAUAUUGGGAAAACGCAAGCAGUUGAAAUAG